GCAGGUGCUCAGAGAAGUUACCAAGCAACUGUCCAAGCUGGGCAGGAACCAAUGGCAUCAGGUGUCGCUCCAGUUCCGCCGGCUUGCGGAGCAAAGCCUGAAGCCAGAUGCUUUCGUGUACAACACGGCCAUCAUCGCUUAUGGCAGAGGCCAGGAGUGGCAAGCAUCCAUGCACAUGCUGGCCGACAUGGGCAGCGAGGCUCUGGAGCGGAAUGCCGUCAGCUAUGCUGCAGUGCUUGGCGCAUGCGCCAAGGCCAAGCAGUGGGUGAUUGCCACACAGGUGCUUCGAAGUAUGCAAUCGGCCAGCCACCGCCCAGAUGUCCGGAGCUACAGCGAUGUCAUUGGCGCAGCCGCCAAGAAGCAAAAGUGGUCACUGGCGCUGAGGAUCCUGUCUGACAUGCCAGAGGAGUCGUGCCUGCCAGACCUGUUCGCCUUCAGCUUGGCCCUUUCAGCUUGUGCCAGCGAUCAGUGGGCAUUUGCUUUGGAGGUGCUGAGACAGAUGAAUUCGCAAGGCCUCGUGCCGAACGAUGUCGUGUUCAGCAACCUGAUGAGUACCUUUGCAACUGCGGGUCAAUGGCAGCAUGCUGUGGAGACCUUCGCCCAGAUGUGCGAUGCGGCCCUGCUGCCGGACCUGGUAGCAUACAGCACAGCGAUCAGUGCUGCAGGGGCCCAGUGGCAGUGUGCGCUGGCACUGUACCAGCAGAUGUCGGAGCAGGAAGUGCAAGCAGAUGUGAUUAUCUUCAACACGGUGAUGCAGUCUCUGGCAGAGGGUCAGCGCUGGCAGCUUGCUCUCGGGCAGCUGGCGACACUGUGCGAUUCUGGGCUGCAGCCUACAUUGGUAAGCUUCAACACCGCCAUCAGCGCUUGCGGCCGCUGCGGCCGCUGGCAAGCUGCCACGGAGGUUUUCGGGGCCCUGCGAGAGCAGCAUCUCGCGGCAGAUGCCGUAACCUACAACAGCCUGCUCAGCGCACUCGAGAGGCACGGCCUCUGGGCUGCAGCACUGUCUGUGGUUCAAGACAUGCAGCGGAACUUUGUCCGUGCUGAUGUGAUCACGUUCAAUUCGCUUGUCAGCUCCUGCGGGCGAUGUGGCGACUGGCAACGAUCUCUCUAUGUUUUGGCGCUGAUGGAGUCCAGUUCUCUGCAGCCAGAUGAGAUCACCUUCGCAGCUGCUAUCAGCUCUUGCGAAAGAGGUAUGCAGUGGCAACGGGCACUACUGCUUCUUGAGGGUAUGUCGGCCGAGGCCCUGUGCCCUGGGGCCACGGCCUUUGGGGCAGCCAUCACUGCCUGUGAGGUGUUGGGGCUUUGGGAAGCGGCCUUGAAGCUGAUGUACCAGGCACACCAGGCCGGGGCCAACAACAUCGUUGUGGCCAAUGCUGCCGUGAGCACCUGUUCCAAAGGCGGCGCUUGGCAGAAGGCGCUACAUCUGCUGAAUAACUUCGGCUUCUAUCGGCUGGAGCCGACAGCGAUCACCUUCAAUUCUGUAUUGGAUGCAACGCAGCAGAAGAUGGAGUGGGGACUGGCCUUGCAUUUGCUACAGCGCAUGCAAGAGGAGGAGGUUGUGCCCGACACCAUCGGCUACAGCACUGCGAUCAAUGCUUGUGCCGCAGGCCUGCGUGCACGCCGGGGACAGAGGGAUUGCAACACCUGA